GGGGCGGGCUUUUUGAUCAUGUCAAUCAAAGUUGGACACGGACGCCGGUUAAGGGCACGCGCACCUACAAGAAGCAAUGCAAAGGCGAUUUCCCCCCCCCAACCUUCCCCACUCGGAGGUGUCGCGUAGAGCGUAAUUUCCCGUAAAAUCGGGCCUGCCCACUUUUUCCCGCAUUGUCCCAUACAAACGUAGACUUUGUCCCACUUCUGGUGAAUUGGGAUUUGGUCAACCUAGCUGCGGGCCAUAUAAAAUGUAACCCUGUGCCAAGAUUGGCCUGCGGGCCUGACUUUGGACAUGCCUGCUUUACAGUGAAGGGGGGACCUCAAUAACCACCUAGCUAGGGUGUGUAGCACCCUCUUGGGUGAUGCACGGCAGCCAAUCUGCGCCAGAACGCUCACCACAAACCAGCUUGAGGUGGAGAGUGAGGGAAUUAAUGAGUCAGCCAAUUAUACCAGAGGAUGAUUAGGGGGCGAGAUUGAAUGAGCCUGGUAGGGCCAGGACACCCCUACUCUUUGCGAUAACUGCCCUGGGAUUUUUUCUUACCUCAGUGAGUCAGGACCAGGGUUUUACGUCUCCUCCGAAAGACGGCGCCUUCCACAGCACAGUGUCCCAGUCACUGCACUAGGGCAUCAGGAUUGAUGUUAAGGCCAGAGGGAAGAGUGCCACCUAUUUGCCACCACCCGACACCACUGACAGCACCUGAUAUUCCCAGGCGAUCUCCCAUCCAAGUACAAACCAGGCCCGACCCUGCUUAGCUUCCGAGAUCAGACAAGAUCGGGCGUGUUCAUGGUGGCAAGGCCAUUUUUUUGUAAUCUGAUCGGUUUAGUUUCAUUUUUAAUCAGAAAAGGGCAAAAGAAUCAGCUAGAAUAGACAUCAUGAACAAGGAGGUGUAGUAGCAUAGUUCAUUUUCGAUUGUCUACUUAGAACAUUGCCUUUUAUAUUUGUAUACAUAUACCUUAACAUUGAAAUUAUAUAUUCUCAAAACAAACUGUUGCACUCUGUAACGUCUAAUAUUAUACCUGUAUUGUAAAAUAAAUGUCCAACAAACAUUUUAAAGAACCAGUCGCGGCACCUCUAGGAAGAGACCCAGUGUCGACCAACUCGUUUAUAUUGAAACUAUAUGACUAGUUUAUGUGGAAAUGAUAUACAUUUCAGUAGUACAAACUCCUCUCCGUUCUUCAUUUCAGUGUUGGUCUCAUUGUUAAAAGAUGUGAUAGGCAGUUUUCUUGACUACUUAAAUUGGUAGAACGCCCCUUCAAAACAUCUUUCCUUCCAAGAUAGGCGGGAGCCAACAUAAAAAUGUUUGUUGUAGAUUGCUAUGAUUGGACCUCAUCUUUUCUUCUAAUAUAAAAUACACAAUCAUGUGGGAAAUGUACUUAAAACAAGAAGGCGAUUCAAUUCAGCACUCACAAUUUUAUUAAAACUAUAAAAUGCAUCUCAUUGAUGAUGAAGUUUGAAAUGGUUGUGUGUGUGUGUGUGUGUGUGUGUGUGUGUGUGUGUGUGUGUGUGUGUGUGUGUGUGUGUGUGUGUGUGUGUGUGUGUGUGUGUGUGUGUGUGUGUGUGUUUCACAGUAACCUUCCUGCCCAGUCAGCUGAGGAGGCCCAGAAGCACCGGCAGCAGUAUGAGGAGAUGGAGGGACCUCCCCAAUGCUUCGGAUUCAUGUUCUGAGGCAUCAGGCCAUUCCAGUAGAGAACAUCAACCCAAUGAUCUUCUAAAUGAAACUGAACUGGAGGGCUUUCUAGAAAAGCUUGGCCUAAAAGAGAACUACAAGGAGAAGCUCUCACUAAUCAAUGUCCUACAGAUCGACAAGAAGGCCGUUACAGAGGAAGAUGCUAAAUGUCUUUCUGAUCUCCCCUGGCUCUUUCUCAAGAAGUUAAUGAUGUUCAAUGUGACUGCUAGGAAUGUGACAUUUCUUGCAUGCAAUGAAUCAGAGCAGGAUCAUCCUCAUUGCAAUGCUGAUUUAGAUUUGGAAACCUUGUUGUGCCAUGAAAAGUCAGGUGAAGCGCUGAACCCAUUAGACGUAAUCACUGCUCUAUUUCUGUGCUCAAAUGGCCUCCUUCAGCAGGAAAUGGCAGUCAAAAUGGCGAUGUGUCAGUUUGGGUUGCCUCUAUUGCUUCCUGAUAGUGGCACACAGAAGCACACGCUCAUGCUCUGGGCUUUGAGAGGCAUUGUUAAAAAGUACAGAACUCAGGCACUCUUAGACCCCAAAAGCUUCAUUGAAAAAUCAGUUGUGGUCCCCGGCCUUCCGAUGGUGUCCUUUGUGAGACUGGGUGAAGGUUCUUUAUCGAAGUCACAGAUUCUGAAUACACUCCUGAGCAAUGUACAACAGUACAACGACACUUUUGUUAACCGAGAAAUGCCAUGUGGUAAUGUUCCAAGGAAAAUUGCAGAUGGACUGGUGGAAACUAGUUGGUAUCUUCCCUGUGGUAACAAAAACAUUGAUAUCUUCAAUGAACCAGUAGCUGUAGCUAAUCUCAGAGGAGAUAUUGCUCUCUGUGAAUUGCAAUUUUCGUUUUUAUGCAAAACGUCUGCUGCAGUUUUUGUGUUUCUUGACAAUUUUGACAGUAAAAUCGAACUACUCAAAAAACAUGAAACAGAGAUUUUCUUGAUAGUCAAUGUGGAUAGCAAGAAUUUCAACCUAAAAAGGUGCCAAAAAGUACUGGACGAAUUAAAUUUGACCACAAAGAACCUCAUUCUUAAGCAAAAAAGAAUCAACAACGCUGACUUUGCCAAAACCCUACAAAAAUUUGUAACAGAAGUUGCACAAAAAACAGAUAAAAAAAAGAGCAUAGAGCAAAUGGCUGUCAUUGCUAUUGAGCUUGGAAUAAUGGUUGAUGAGCAAACCUCAGACUGUCAGAAUGCUAAGAAAAAUGCAGAAGCUAUCACCUCAAGAAUAAAAAACACUGCCCAGUACAAAAAGGAAGAACUUCCUCGGCAGGGCUCAGUAUGGAAAGAACUGACAGAUUUAGAGAAGGAGGAAUGUAGGCUUACAAAUGCUGGGGAAGAAGACAUAGAAAAAUACAAAUGUGGCCUAAACCAAAAGAAAAAAGGACUCCGGAAAGAGCAGAGGGAUUUGGCCAUUUCAGAUUCUAUGAGAUCCUUCAUGGAAGCAUUCUCAUGUCCAGCUGUUGAACAGGCUUAUUUUUUUAAAUGGAUGCAAAUUAAACUAGACAACGUGUCCCGAGAAACUGUAUCAAACCUCAGGGAGCAGUAUAAACUCAAAAGUAAGAAUUCGAGCAAAGAAGAACUUAAAGACAUUGAUCAACAACUUUCUGACAGCUCUAUAGGUAUUGAGAAUUACUUUCGAGAAAUGUGUCAAAUCUAUGAAUCUACAGUCUCCCUUUCUGAAUCCAAUCCUUCUCGCCAAAAAUUCAAGCAUUUGCCCAAGUUGUGUGCCCAAUUACUCCUUGAUGGAUUUCCGCUGGAGCUUGUGGAAGGAGAAUCAUCAAGCAUUCCUUUGGCAUGGGUGAAGGACGUAUUUUCUGAACUGAAAGAAAUGGUAGCUCCAGAGAGCAAGAUAAGAAUUGUCACAGUUCUUGGGAUUCAGAGCACCGGAAAGUCCACUCUUCUCAACACCAUGUUUGGAGUGCAGUUUGCAGUCAGCAGUGGCCGAUGCACUAGAGGGGCUUUCAUGUUGCUCAUCAGAGUGAACAAAGAGUACACAAAAGAAAUUCACUGUGAUUUUCUGAUCAUCAUUGACACUGAGGGCCUGAAAUCGCUGGAGCUGGCACAAUUAGAAGACAGCUAUGAGCAUGACAAUGAGCUUGCAACUAUUGUUGUGGGUUUAAGUGAUAUCACAAUAGUAAAUAUAUCAAUGGAAAACAUGACAGACAUGAAAGACAUCCUACAAAUUGUAGUACAUGCCUUUCUCAGGAUGAAGGAAGUCGGCAAAAAACCUAAAUGUCAGUUUGUUCAUCAGAAUGUAGCGGAUGUGUCAGCCCAUGACAAUAACUUAAGGGACAGAACCCUGCUGUUACAACAGUUGAACGAGAUGACAAAGCUAGCUGCCAAAGUUGAGAAAAAAGAGAAAAACAAAAGCUUCAUGGAAGUAAUGGAAUAUGAUCCAGACACUGGAAACGGGUACAUUCCUGGACUAUGGCAUGGAAACCCACCAAUGGCACCAGUAAAUUCAGGUUACAGUGAAGCAGUUUAUGAAAUGAAAACAAACAUUAUGAAAACGUUGAAAGAUUGCGAGUCAUCUGCUUACAACAUUGAUGAAUUUCUGAAGUGGACAGCAAGCUUAUGGAACGCCGUAAAACAUGAAAAUUUCAUAUUCAGCUUUAGAAAUAGCCUGGUGGCUGAUGCUUACAUGAAAAUAUGCACAGAAUUCAACAAAUGGGAAUGGGAAUUCAAAAGGGACAUGUACUCAUUGGAAACAAGUGCAAAAGCAAAGAUUUCAAAUUUUGGCAAAUAUGAGGCAUCCAACAUCAGAGAAAUUGUCGAGGAAUUCAAUAAUAAAGCCACCUCAAAGCUAAAUACAUGGGAAACAAAAAUAAUCAACAAUGUACACCAAUAUUUUAAAAAAGCAGAAGGUCAUGCCCACCUAAUCGAGAAACACAGAGAAGAGUUCAUAAACAGUGCAAAAUACUUAAUAAAAAACGUGGAAUGGUUGUUUAAAAAUGAACUAAAUAUAGCGGCUGACAAUAAAGAGGGGAUGGCAAAAGUUGAGGAAGUCAAGAAAAACACCACAAAACGUUUGGAGGAAGAAGUGCUCAGAUUGCUAGACGAAGGCCGUAAAAGGAAUCUCAAGCAAUCGGAUGAGGAGCUGAGAAAGGAUUUUGACCAGAUGUGGGAGAAAGCUACAGAACCUCUCCGUGACAAAGUGAGCCACGAAACUGAUAUCUUUGGUAAGGUUCAUUGUCAACUGAGAAAGAAUUUAGAAUCAAUGGGUAGUUAUGCCAAGGAGACAGUUAAUAAAUCACUAAGAGAUCAUGGAAAAGGGGAUUUCCAAAUGAAAGAAAGCUUCAUUCAAUAUGUGAGAAACAUGUUUCUUUCACAUAAUUUAUGGCUAAGAGCAAAAGCAAAGGCUGACAAAAUUAUAGCAGCUUGCAAAAUACGUGUAUCUGAUAAAAUGAAGGAGAAAUCUGAUUACCAUGACAAUGACAUUCAGGAGAUUUUGAAGUACAUUGAGGCGCAACUUGCAGACAUGAAAACAGACACCCAAUUUGAGGCGGAAUUAAAAUUAUACAUUUGUAGUAAUGCAGCCAGAAACUUCCAUGAAAAGCACUUGGCUUUCAUUGCAGAAAAUGACCCAUUGAAUUGCGUCAAUCUACACAAGGAACGUUUUUUUGAUGAUUUUAAAGAUCUGUAUCACGCAAGGGAGCAGGAUGAGAAGAAAGCUCAGGAAUUUGCUAUUCGUUGCCUCCAGCCUGCAGUGGAGACCUACAUUAGAGUUUCCAUGGUUCCAGAAGUUGUUGAUGAAAUGGUGUCAGGCACAGAUUCAGUGAAAUUCAGCACACGCAUGUUUUUCCAAUCUUCUGUCUUAAAAGACUUGCUUUCAAAAAACAAGUUUUGCCACUUCAAAGAGUACACCACUUCAUAUGAGAAAUUCAUAAGGGAAUGGAUUCAGGAGCAAAUUGAGAAACGCUUUUCCGAUGGGACUAAACUUAUCGAGUUAGAGAACAAUUAUCUAAAACGAUGCAUCAAAUGUAUUGAUGAUGCUAUUCAAAAGGCCCAAAUGAACAAACAAGCAACCCAGAAGGAGUUUGUUCAAGAUAUUUGCAGGGAACUUGGUGAUAAAUUGGUAAUGUGCCAGGAUUCUCUCAGCGCUUGCAUGUCUCUUUUUAAAGAAGCAACAGCAGAAAGGUUUGUAGACUUUCUUAAAAAAUCUGUGAAGGCAAUGGAACAAGCUCUGCAGGAAAAUCUAAAAGAAACUGAAGUCAAAACAAAACUAGACAGACUUGGCUCAAAGCCACUAAAUGACCUCACAGCCAAGUUAGGUGGAUGUGGUAAACAGUGCCCAUUCUGCAGCGCACCAUGUGAGGCAGGGGCACUGUCUCACAAGAUUCACUAUGUUGAAAUACAUAGGCCACAAGCCUUUGGAACGUACAGAUAUAUCGACUCAGAUAAACUCUGUACAUCUAUUUGCACAUCUUUAGUCUUUAGUGACACCGAAUUCGAGAAUGAUGAUACUAAGUGGGUGUUGCAUCCUUACAAGGAAUACAAAACAUUUUACGGGGAUUGGGACAUUCCUGCAGAUAACAGCUAUUCAGCAUCUGAUUACUGGAAAUAUGUGAUGGUCAGGUUCAACAAGGACUUUGCUGAAUGUUAUAGUGCAAAGCCUGCAGAUAUUCCCAAUGAAUGGACAACAAUUAGCAAGGAAGAUGCUGAUAGAAGUCUAAAAGAGUCAUUUGGCGUCAAUUAGGAUUUGUGGAGAAGAUGAUAGAGUUUCUUCUCUGACCAUGAGGAAGAGCAGCCUCUUAGAAUAAUAUAUAUUUGAUCUAAUGGGAGCAUUACGAAAAUCACUAUUUAUGUUAUGGUGCACAAAAAUUAUCCUUCUACAUAUGUGAGCCAAGAAAGGCUGAAGUGAUAGAUAUUAGUUAAUAAGGAUGUGUGUCUUUGCUCAAAUUUAGUAACCCAGCUCUGAACUAAACUCUUUCAUUUUGCAGUUUGUUGUUGAAGUAAUGUUCCAUUGAAACUUUUAAAAGUAUGAGCCUGAUGCUUCACAUUUUUGUUAAAACGUAAUGAACUAAGCAUAUAUGCUAUUUUAUUUGUUUGAUUGUUUUGACUUACUUUUGUCUGGAAAUAUCGGUAUUGUACAUUACUUUUUAUUUUUGCCUAGGUUUAAAUUGUGUAAUUUAUUUUUUAUUAUUCCUCUUUCAUUCAUGUUCACUCUUUUUUGGAUUUCUUUAUUCAGUUAUUUCAAGUGGCUUUGUUUGAUAAUCUGUCUGGCAUUGUAACAAUUAAGAAAUUAGGAGACGAUAUAUCUUGCAUUGCAAUGUUGUUUAUUUCAUUUUUAUAUUGUUACUGCAUCCAGAAAUAUUUUUAAUGUAUUUUUUAAUUGCUUGUUUGAGCAAGAGUUGAGAAAUAUGUCAAUUAAUUAAGCUGGUGUGUGUGAUUUUAUGGUAAGUUUUGACCCAAA